AUGAGGUUUCACUUUGAUCCAAAUAAUGCUAAUCGACUUAAAGAGAAACAAUAAAAAUAGCCAAAAAUAGAAUUGCAAGAUUCUUAAAAUAUUGCUUAAACAGUAUCUAUGGAUUUGUCAAAUGAAAAUUCAAAUAUGGGAAUGUAAAUUUAAAAUCAAGAAACAAAUUCUAAAGAUUUAUAAAAACUAUCAUCUGAACAAAAUAAAAAUUUUUAUGAACCAAAAGAAUCAUGGGAAAAAUUACCUGAUUAUCCAUUAGUUUACUAAGACUUACAAAUUCCUGAUUGUAAUUAAAAUGAGAUUUAUCUUGCUUUAUAUGAAUAAUGUUUUAAUGAAGAAAUAAAUAAAUUUAAAGAACAUUAUUCAUAAUUUAAGGAACUAAUUUUUUACUGCGAAAAAAUGUAAACUAUGAUGAACACAUUUUUAAAAAAAGAAAGAUAAAUGAAAGAAAAAUAUUGUUAACCAACUUAAAAAGAUUUACCUUAUCUUAUAAAAAAAUUAGAAUAUCAAUAAUAAAUUAAAGAAUAUGAAAAAUCAAUUGAAAAAUUUAUAAAAGCAUAAACAAAAAUAAAGUUGAUAUUACAAAAUGAUAUUUAAUAGCAUGUUAGUAUAUAAAUGAUUAAUCAUAUAUCUUAUGAUUAAUCAUCAAAUCAUGAAAUAUUUAGUCAAAGAAUAAAUGAGUUUCUAGAAAAGAAUUAAAAUUUAAAAGAAUAAUUAUUAGAGAGAACAACAUAACAUGUAUAAUAUAUGUUAAUAAUUUUAUUAGUUUGUAAAGCUAUCAAAUGACAGUAAGAAAAUCUAAGAAGAAAAUUAAGAAAUUUAAAGACAAAUUUUGA